AUGAGUAUAUGUGCGACGAAACGGUUUAACGCCGCUUUUAUACCUCCUGAAAAGGUCCAUAACGCUACGACGGCGCUCCUAAACGUCAGGUUAACGUGGAAGAUGCCAUGGCAGCAGUCGUCCAUAUUCACCGAAGAUGCAGUUGAAGGUGCCAGAAAUAAGCAACAGAGACUUAUGCCACAAAGCAUAACGGCAGAUGACGCGACAUCUGGGACGCAAGUUUUAUCGCACGACGAUGAAGAAACUUAUGUACAUUCCAUAUUCAAAACGCAAACACUUCCAAAGUGGAACGCAAACGUUUACGUCAGGGCAUUGCAAAACUCAGCAUAUAUACGGAAAUACCAAGGGCUACAGCUUCAGGAUUUCGAAAAUGUUAUCAAGAGGGUUAUCAAAAAGGUGGCACAAAACAUUACUAACGUCAACAAUUAUGAACUCACGCGGGUUAUAUUCGCAUGCUCUAAGGGCAGAUUUUUUCAGAGGCAACUGGUCACGUCAUCGUUUAUCAGGCUCAUUGAAAACGAAGGUGGGAUAGCUGGUGACACAUAA